UACCACCUCUGUAAUCCACAGGUCUUCUAUACCAUGAUCACCAUGAAUGGCAAAAGUCGCAACUGCAUUGGCACACAUGUUAGUAGUUAAGGUGCAAAUUGGCAACACUCAAAAAAUUCUGUCUGAAGCACUGAUAUCACCUGCAACUUACACCCAGGUGAAAUGGUCCAUGUGGGUUGUUGUUUAUGUGUUAUGUUCUUAUGAAUCAUUGGAUUGUGCAGUAACUAAUCAGGGGCCGUAUUCAUCAACAUUCUUAGAGUGCUUAAGAAUUCUUAACUAUUAGAAUUUCUAAGAAUUAUUUAGGUUUCACGCUUAACUGUAAGAAAUUUCUUAAGUCAUAUUUAUAAAACCUCUUAUUCUUAGUUUUACUCUUAAAGUCACCAAAAAGUUAGGAGUCCUCACAUAGCUCUCUCAGACACUCAACAAAAUGGCCACCAAUCAAUGCCGACUCAGAGUUUUCACCCAAGAAAGGAUGUAUAUUCGACGUAUACUGACGAUGAACUAGUCACAAGAUUCGUCUAGACAGUGGUGGCAUUCGUUCCAUCACAGAUCUCAUGCAGAACGAAUUAACCUCCCCAACAAAAAGAAAUUUCUCGGUAGAUGCCGACAUCAAGGUAGCCAUUACUCUUCGCUACCUUGCUACGGGAAAAAUGCAAAUGUGCAAUGGUGAAGACUUCAGUAUCAGUCAGCCUAGCAUAAGAAAAAUCAUCCCUGACACCAUCAGCGCCUUAUGUCAGCCUGCUCUGAUUAGAAGGUUCAUCAAAAUGCCCACACAGCGAUCGGACAUGCGAAGAAGACACCAAGGCCAGUUCCGAGCUAUCGCUGGCUUUCCUGGUGUUGUUGGAGUUAUUGAUGGCACCCACAUUUGUGUAAUAGCUCCAAGUGAGCACGAAGUUGAAUAUGUAAACAGAAAAAACUUUCGCUCACUCAAUGUGCAACUCAUAUUCGAUUCCGAGCAAAGGAUAUGUGAUGUCGUUGCAAAAUGGCCAAUGGUGACACACGACGCACGAAUCUUGAAUGAAAGUGGUAUGCAAGUACUUUUUGAGAUGGGAAUAAUGCGUCAUGGAUGUCACCUGUUGGGAGACCGUGCUUCAUGUCAGAGGUGGCUGCUGACACCCUUCAUCCAACCGCAAACUGGCCAACAGGCAAGAUAUAACAGAAGUCACAAGGCUACAAGGUGUGUGGUGGAGAGAGGAAUUGGACAGCUGGCUGUGAUUCCAUGUCCUACAUGGGGAAUUCCGCCUCAGACCACAAAAUAUAUCAAAGAGUGUAGUAUUCCAUUUGAGCCUCCAGCACUUGCACUUCCAGCUGCUGUUUCCUGGUCACAUAGUCCACACAUAGUCCAGUUGUGGUGGUGGCGAUGGUUGUAUUGGUGGCACAGCUUACGGGGAGUAAUGAUGGAAUGUCCUGCUGUCCACACUUUCCUGCAAGGGCUCAUCAUUGUCCAGUGAACUUGAAAAAUAUAAUUUGAUAAUUAACUGAUUGUGGAUCUGGCAUUAACUUUACAUACAAUUUCAAAUGUGCAAAUAUAUCUUGUUCACUAACAGACAAACUUAUUAUCAAUAUCAAUUCUUCCAUUUACUGUUAUAUAUUUAAGCUAUCAAUCUUAUUCUAUGUUUCCAGCAUUACAUAAUUGCUGGAUAAAAGGAAUGAAUAUUGAUUGUG